AUGAGGGCAGUGGAACCAGAGCAAAAUGACAGCUUGCAGUCAUUGACGCUACAGAAACUGGCUUUUAUGCAUGUGUAUCAGCCCGAACGCCAGCACUACCUCCCGCUCUGGAACAACGAGGAUCCCUACGGAGACGUGUGGGUGGCGGACAAGCCCCAGGCGCAGGGGGACGUCGUUGUCUCCAAGCUGACUUCUCUUGGGCAGCUGGAAAUGACCUGGAGAAGCAGAGUUCACUUCCAUCCACUUCUUGUGAGAGUCCUGCACAAAUCUAGACUAAGGUACUACGGGAAACCAGAGAAAAAACUGGAUAUGCCUUAUCAGGCUUACUUUGAAGUUGCUGAUGGUUCAGGCAUGAUGUCAAUGGUUUUGUGGAAUUCAUUAUGUCCUGAAUGGUAUAACAGUAUGAAGGUUGGCACGGUACUUCUUCUUGAACAGUAUGCUAUCAAAACCAGUUACCCAUUUAAAACACAGCCAACCCCAGGGGAUUCACAGAUGAAGAGAUUUGCUACAAUUGAAAUCAGCCUUAACGUUCGAGACCCUCCUACUAAAAUAAGUAUUAUUCCAGAAGAAACAGUUAAGCCAGAGUGGGGAUUACCUGAAGUAAAAUAUCGGUUUAUCACAAGGUCAGAACUGGAUGACUUGCCGAACAAUCAUUCCUGUGAUGUUAUUGGUCUUGUGACAUUUGUAGGAAGGGCUGAACGAGCAAGAAAGAGAGAACAUGGUGAAGACUUCUGGCUCUAUCGUUGGGCACAUGCCAUUGAUGGGACAUCAGACCAACCAUUCGUACUGGAAUUAUUUGCAACUUCUCAGCCAGAUGUGUUUGAGCAUAUUCACCCAAUGACCUAUUUGGUGUGUACACAGAUGAGAGUGGUACGGGACCUCACUGAGAAUCCUUCCAGCACAAUUUACCUUACGACUUCAAAUGAAAGUCAGAUAUUCAUUACAGGGUGGCACAAGGGCCAGCCAUACACCAAGGAUACCAAAGUGAAAAACUUCAUUCAGUGGACUAAAACACAAAGCGAAGCUGAUCAAAUGAAGAAAACUGUCAUUGGUGGCUAUUAUCCUUUUCCUCGACCUCCAAAAAACUUCUUGAAAUACUGUAAAAACAAUAAAGUUGAAUCAGUUUUGAAAGCCAUAGGUGAAAUGGGGAAAGAGAUUGAAGACUUGCACUACAGAGAACACAAGCGGAUUGCUGUUCAGGGAAUAAUUAGUGCCAUAAAAUACAUCAGCUGUAGCAACGCAGCUGAAGAAGCCUCAGGAGCAGAACUUGUUCAGAAAGAUACUUCUCAGUCACUUGAAAGUUCUGCUAUGUCCAAAGACGACUCUGUUCACAAAGAAAAGUCUUCUCUGGGGCCACAUUGCACUCCCAGGGAACAACAUCAGCGCCAAGCUCUACCGCCAAAAAAGAGUUCAGUCAAGAGGAAGAUACCACGCAGAUUCAAUACAACUGGAGAACAGGGAGGUGCAUCUGUUACUUCUGUAUCAUCUUACCGUUACUUCACACGGUCUGCAAGAAGAAAAUCUGGCUUGGAUGAAUUUCAACAUGAAGAUUUUGUGCAAGAUAAAAAUGGACAGGCUGUAUCAGACAGUUUACAGCACUGCACAGACCAAGAAGGAAUGAGUGAUAGACCUGAAACUGAAGAGACUGGAAGAACUUGCGAUUCAUGGCAGAGUGACCUUUGGGCACAAGUGAAAGACAAGUUAAUGAAAUAUUUGCAUCACAGCACAAUUUUCCCAGAAAGCAUCCCACGUAAAUUUGAUUAUGUGCACAAAGACCUACUUAUGCAACAGUACAACCUUCAUGCAGCAGUGCACCAGCCAAAAGAAACCAGAACAGAUAAAAAUAUUAAUGAGUUCAAAAGUGCUAGUGGCCUCGGGUAUUAUGAAGUGACAGUUCUGGGUAUAAACCACGAUGUAGCAGUAGAUGUUGCAUUUCUUCCACUGUUUUGUCCUGAAGAUCCCCACUUAUUUAAACUAGAAGACAUUCAAAAUGAUACAUUGCUGUCUUGUAUGAGUUGCAUCUCUGCAUGUCAGCAGAAGGCCACUAGCAACGGAAGGCCUUGUGACAUGCUUCCACUUUCAAAUGAAAUUGUAAAAGCAGCGAUGGAUCUAGAUGGCAAACAUGUUAUCUGCAUCUUGGACAUCUGUCACUUGGGUGAUGAUAAGGUAGAAGUCUUUCUGAGCAAAAUCUACAAGACAGUGGAACCUGGUGUUCUGGAUCCAGUGUAAUUUAAUAACUUAUUUUUCAAAUUUAUGUUGUCAAAAAGAGGGAAAUAAAAUGGCUGUAACUUGAAUACACCCUAUACACAUUGCACUUUUCCAGAACUAGCAGACACAAACAUGAAAUUAGGAUUCUUAAAGUAAUUGUAAUGGUCAUCCAUGUAACUGAGAAGGACGAUUGUUGCCUUUAUUUUUUUGGCAGUCUUGAAACAGAUUGCACAAUGUCUUGGUCACUUGUGUUCAAGGAGGAUGAACAGGCAAUACAGUGAGCUUAUUUUUUGAUAGGAUAUCAAGGAGAAGUAGUAUAAUUGUCAUCUCUCUUUUCUCUGCCUGUGCACAUACAUACACAGGAACUAUAUGUAUCAGGGUGAGAACUGAGAAGACAGACAGGCUUUCCCAAUAUUAAAGGCAAUGUUUGCAAAAGGAUUAACUGGCUACGAUAUAAAUUUAGCCUGGAAGUUAGAAUAAUUUUUAGGAUUAGAGCUGUUAUGUUCUAUAGUGAUCUUUUAGUAGGAAGUAGUAGAGGCAGCCUAACUGCUCUUUAGGCUUGAAGCUUACUGUGUUUGUGAAAAGGUUUAAAUACCAUGGUGCCUUUAGUACCGGGGACUGGGCUCAGUGAUCCAAGAAGCCAGUUUCAAUUCUUUUUACCUGAGCAAGGUCAGGUGUUUUUAUAUGUCUGCUUUUGUAUAUACAGUAUAUACAGGUAGUGAGCAUAGUACCUGAAGGUUUUUAACAUAUUUUAUUUAUUAUUAAAAGAAAUAUUUUUUAAAAGA